AUGCCGAACUGGUCCCUGGGAAUUGAGGCACUGGAUGCACUAGUUUGUGCUCUGCUCAUUCCAUUGUUUCAUUGCCCCGGCUAUUCACAACCGCCACCCUGGGUCAUUCAGCAACACAACGCUAAGCCGUUCUACGCUAUGUUGAAGAAAUUAACUAAGCAAUUGAAUGGAGAAGACUGGAGUUGGAAUAACCUCAAUACUCUAUGCUGGGCUAUUGGAUCAAUAUCUGGUUGUAUGGUGGAGGAACAGGAGAACAGAUUCUUGGUGAUGCUUAUUCGUGAUUUGCUAAAUCUCUGUGAAAUCACGAAGGGGAAAGACAACAAAGCUGUUAUUGCGAGUAACAUCAUGUAUGUGGUUGGUCAGUACCCAAGAUUUCUCAGGGCUCAUUGGAAGUUUCUGAAGACAGUAGUCAACAAAUUAUUUGAGUUCAUGCAUGAGAUGCAUCCUGGAGUUCAGGAUAUGGCGUGUGAUACAUUCCUGAAAAUUGUUCAAAAAUGCAAGCGCAAGUUUGUGACACAACAGGUGGGCGAGAACGAACCAUUUGUUUCUGAACUGCUCACCAACCUUGCUACGACAAUUCUUGAUCUUGAGCCGCACCAGAUUCAAAUUGAGCCAGGAUAG